GACAAAGCUUAACCCACACACCUUAAAAAGUUUCCAUAACAUAACACAACCAUUACAUUAAUUCUCCCCCAAGAUCUCUUCUUUUCUUUUUUGUUUCUUCAAAUAAAGAUAAGAAACAAACAAGAAAGAAGGAAGAAGAAGAAGGGCGAAGAUGAUAACGGGAAGCGACUUCUACAAAGUGAUGUGCGCGAUGGUUCCGCUCUACUUCGCCAUGUUCGUGGCCUAUGGCUCGGUCAAGUGGUGGCGGAUCUUCUCGCCGGAACAGUGCUCCGGCAUCAACCGUUUCGUCUCGGUCUUCGCCGUCCCCGUACUGUCUUUCCACUUCAUCUCUCAAAACAACCCGUACGAGAUGGACUCGACGUUCAUAUUGGCCGACACUCUGUCCAAGGUCAUGGUCUUUGUCUCGCUGUCCCUCUGGGCCGUCUUGUUCCGAGGCGGUGGUCUCGACUGGCUCAUCACCCUCUUCUCCAUCGCCACUCUUCCCAACACUCUCGUCAUGGGGAUCCCUCUGCUUAAGGCCAUGUACGGUGAUUUCACUCAGAGCCUCAUGGUGCAGCUCGUGGUUCUUCAGUGCAUCAUUUGGUACACACUGUUACUGUUCUUGUUCGAGUACCGGGCGGCGAUCGCACUGAUCCGCACAGAGUUCCCCGGCGGCGGAGCCGCGACCAUAGCCAAGAUCGAAGUCGACGAUGACGUCAUCUCCUUAGACGGCAUGGAUCCUCUCCGUACGGAAUCGGAAACAGAUCUCAACGGUCGGAUCGUACGUGUCAGGAUCCGACGGUCCACAUCCUCCGUCCCUGAUUCCGUCCUCUCCUCCUCCUUAUGCCUCACCCCGAGAGCCUCUAACCUCUCCAACGCCGAGAUCUUCUCCGUCAACACCCCCAAUCCGUUACUUAACGGCGUUAACGGCGGUACCCUCCAGUUCUGCAAUGGGAACGAGAUCGUUUUCUGUAACGGAGAUCUAGGCGGGUUCGGAUACGCCCGACCCGGAUCCGUUAGCCCGAUGAGGCUAUCGGGUUACGCAUCGUCCGACGCAUAUUCCCUUCAGCCGACGCCUAGGGCUUCGAAUUUCAACGAGCUCGACGUUAACGGUAACGGUACGCCGGUGUGGAUGAGAUCUCCCACCGCCGGAAAAAUUUUCCGGUAUCCUUCUCCGAAGAUUGCUUGGGAGUCCGGUCAGAGACAUGGAAGCAAGGAUAUUAACGUGCCGGAGAAAGAGAUCAGUUUCAGGGACACGGCCAAGGCUCCGCCACCGUAUGCAGCCGCCGGAGCUUCCUCCGUCGAGGAAGGAACCGCCGGAAAAGAUACGGCGGCGCGUGGGAAGCAAGAAAUGCCACGCGCCGUUGUGAUGGUGCGGCUUAUACUGACCGUCGUGGGACGCAAGCUUUCGAGGAAUCCAAACACGUAUUCAAGCGUGUUAGGCCUAUUGUGGUCACUAAUAUCGUUCAAGACCAUGCCGAGCAUAGUGAAAUAUUCGAUCAAGAUUAUCUCGGAUGCGGGUCUUGGGAUGGCCAUGUUCAGCUUAGGUCUGUUCAUGGCAUUGCAACCACGGAUAAUAGCUUGUGGGACGAAGAAGGCGAUGAUGGGGAUGGUGAUAAGGUUCAUCUCCGGUCCUAUUGUCAUGUCCGUAGCUUCUGUUCUUGUCGGAAUGAGAGGUACAAAGUUGCACGCCGCUAUUGUACAGGCGGCAUUACCUCAAGGGAUCGUACCAUUCGUGUUCGCGAGGGAAUACGGUCUGCAUCCAGACAUUCUCAGCACAUUGGUGAUCUUCGGGAUGAUAGUAUCUUUGCCCGUGACCCUUCUCUACUAUGUACUUUUGGGGCUAUGAUUCCGUUGAAAACACGAAAUCCGUAAAAAACGAAAUCGAAAAAAGCGAAGAGAUUAUGUCGAAGAUCGGUCCGAUCGAGCUCGUAAUAGUUUUUUUUAGAGCUUAGGAGGAAGAUUGGAUGGGGAGAAUUUUUCUCACAUGUACUAAUGUUAAGUUUGAUUUCAUAAUUCAGAAUGAUUAUGUAGUAAUGUUAGACGUUUUAGGUUAGGAAUCGUGGAUUUGGACUA